AUGUUCCACCCUCGGCCCUUUGGCGGAAUCGCCGGUAUUUUCGCCAAGUCAGCAAGAAGUGACCCUACCAGCCGUAGCGAUGGGUCUGCGGGCCAUGUACCCGACGGUGAAGCUGCUGUGAUAGAUGCACCUGUGCCCCAGCGUUCCGUGUCUCUUCACCGUAACGUGCCCUCCGAGGACAGCGUCAAAGGGUUUCAGAGAUUGUUAGAGGCGCGAAGAAGCAUUGACGAGCCUAGGGCUUCUGCGGACACAAAGGUUUUUACUGAAUUGAAGUUGGCUGCGGAUCUUAAGUCAUUUGGGGAACGAAGACCGUUCACUUCCUCGAAGCCCAUGGCAGAGCACAGGCGUUUCCCCGAUUUCAGGCAGCCGCCUGAGAGCAAGCCGUUGGCAGACAUAGCGGCAUUAACAGAAUUCCUGCAAUCACACACGUCCGUUACUGUCACACCGGCCGCUAGCAGGUCGGAGCCGCCGAAGCCACAAUUGAAACUCGAAAUUCCGGCCGAUGCCGAACAGAAGGCUGCUUCCGAGGCCAUAUACGACAAGCUCUAUCUCCUGCAUCUGAUGUUUAAUAUUCAGCGGAUCAGCACUGAGCAAGGUAUCAGUGUUGUGGAUAGUGCGGCGCCCAAGCUUAAGUUCCUGCCGUCGCACUCUUUCACGCAGCACUCCGCGGGUGCUCGCGAUACCGUGCACGGCCAUCGCGAAGGGUUGAUGGGCUUGUACGCUCAGACGGCUCAGUCGUUGUUUGAUCAAGGUGAGGGUGGUCCUAAAUCCAUGCACAUUGCAUCAGGCCAGAGGCGCAGCUACUUCGACCAGCGCAUACCCAAAGGCAAGGAGAGUUUCCUGUUGGGACGCGAGGGAUACGAUCUGUCGGACUACCCCAAGAGGGGCGAUUUGCAUGACGGGGACUCCCAUUUCACCGACGGUCCCCCCCGCUGGAAGACAUACGAGAGCAACCCCAUGAGAAGCGAAUCCAAAUUUGGUUUCGACAGGUUCAAGGGGUCGGAUGGACUGGGUUUGUUGGAUGGUGAACCGGACUUCCAUCUGAAGGGCUUGGAGCAUUUCAAGCCACGUGCGUCACCGUUCGCUUCGUCUGCUGGCACCUCGGGUCUGCACGGGGCGGCAGAGAUGUCGAUGCAAUCGCUUUUACAAGAGCAAAGCCAGCAGGAUCGUUUCGACAUGUCCGAGCACUACCCUCAAUUUGACGGCGGGCAGGUAGACACUGAUGCCCUGCUCUUAGGACUGGAAAGGCACACGAUGCACAGGCCUUCCGCGGAUGUCCACUUUAACAACAGCAUGAUGAUGUCGGACCCGUACAGCACGGUGGAGAGCGCGGACCAGAAGCUGCUACAAUACACUGCUCUUGCGGCGUCUGCGGCGCAAGCCCAACCAACCGGAGGCAGGACCUCUGAUUCUUCGCCGUGGCCGUCUUCUACGGCGUCGGAUAUGAAGACGUCUAUAAAGGCUGAUGAUGUAUUCUCUUCGCCGCUGUUGAAAAGCAGCAGCAACAGCAUCUCAUUUUUGGAACGUCUUUUGGACAAGUCCUUCGACAACAGCGACGCCGCUUUGGAAUCUUCCAUAGCCGAAGCAACUGCCCAGUUCCAGAAAUCGUUGCAGUUGAGUGCGGAGCAGCAUUUGCACAGUCAACCGCGAAGGGAGGUCCAAACGCAGUUGCAGUCCCAUCUCAUCCUACAGUCGCACCUGCAAAGUGAAUUGCAGGCACAGAUGCACGGUAGACACGGGCAUUCUCAUGGAUCGCUAAAUAUGCAUCACAAGCUGAAGUCCCAUAUACCGUUGAAGUCUCAGCAUCAUUUGAGGUCGCACCUUCCAAGCAAGACUCAACAGUUAAAGUCGCACCAGCCGAGCAAACUUCACCAGUUAAAGCUGCAGUCGCACAAGCUGCAGCCACUGAAGUCACAACCGCCGAGCAAACUUCAGCUACCGUUAAAGAUCCAACCCCCGUUGAAGUCACACCCGCAGAUAAAGCCGCCGAUGGGUCCGAAGAGCCAAACACCACUGCCGUUCCAGAUGCAAUCUCCCUCAUCGCUGCAUGCGAGUCUACACUUAACGAUGCAUCCUCAAUUGCCACUUCAGCUGCAACCGCAGCCUAACCAACCCAUUCCCAAGACCAUUGACCUGCAAUGGCAAUACAUGGAUUUCCACGGGCUGGUGCAUGGACCGUUUUCUUCAAAGCAAAUGUACACGUGGUACAUCAACAACUUCUUCAACCCCAACCUGAAGAUGCGCUACAACCAGAGUAUGCAGUGGACGCCAUUCAGGGAACUCUACCCCGUAACCUCCCGAGCCUUCGUGGAGAACCCGGUAGGGUACAGCCCGGAGACACCAAGUACCACAACUCAACAACAGGCCCCUGAGACCCCCAAUGUCGUUGUCACGGCGCCGACUACGGAGAACUCAGAGGAGCCGGUCGCUGCUGAGGCUGAGGCGCCGACUAACGAGUCGCCGCAAAUCUCCAGCCACCGGUGGAACAAGCCUGACGAGCUUAAGGUGGAUUCUUUGCUGGACAUAAUGGAGAAGCAGAAGCUUCAAAGCGCUCCUAAGGAGGCGCCCAAGGCCGCUGCCUCGCCCGAUGUGCCCAAGCCCUCUCCUGGGUGGAAGGUGGCCGACAGCGUUGCUGAGCCCUCCCCCGUGGCGUCCGAAGACUUCCCCUCUCUGGCCCUCGGCGUGGAGAAGGCCACGAAGCCGCGGAAAAAACUGACUGGAACACCUUCGCAACAAGGUAGCACCAUGACCUUAAAGGCGUUUAUGAAGCAUCAGGCGCAGGCUCCUGAUAACAGCAGAGUGCAACCUAGGGAGUCAUUUGCGAGUAAGCUGAUGGGUAACAACAAGUGA